AUGCUUGGCGUAGAGGACCCGUCAAUCCUCAUCGAAUUCGAAGAAGCAGAGAAAUCCAACCCAAGCCCACGGAAGAUUAUGGAAGACCGGGUUAUCUAUUCCUCGCGACAGUCUCAGCUUUGCAAAAGCCCAUGGCCGUCCUAUACUAUCAGACUUUGGGGAGGCUCGCUUCAGCUCAAGUUUCUAUAUCGAGACCCCGAGGUAGUAUUACGGAUGCCAUGGGAUCACAAGAUUGAUAUUUGGAUUCUAGGAGUUUUUGCCUGGGGCCUUUUCGAACAGAGUCGGCUUUUCUAUACUCGAGAUUCAGGUAAAAACAGGUCAGACAGUCACCAUCUCGCUGGGAUUAUAGCGAUCCUUGGACCGCCGCCGAAAGACACCGUUCAAAAUAGCGAGUAUGGAAGGCAGUUUUUCGAUCGCGAAGGUAAAGGCCCAAUGAUGACUCCAAGGCUAGUUUGCGAUCUCCUAACGAGAAAGUGGCUAAUGAGUGAAACCUAG